AUGCAUCCAGAAAAUUUACUGCUUCCGCAGGAAAAGACUGUACCAGUACUCAGGAAUAUUGAGGAUGAGAAAGAAUCCAGUGAUGAUCGAGAAGUUGGUGGAUUCGGUAAAACAUUCAGUGGCAGUCAAGCUGACAUUGAACAGCAGAUAGAAGCGAAGGAUAAUGAAAGAAGCUGUGGUGCUGUUGACUGUGGUGGUCAGUCCCAACGGGAAGAAGCGGUCGCUGACGAUGAGACUGGGAAAGGAAGUGAGCAGUAUGCAUCAGGGCAUGAAGACUGCCAGCAAAAACAGCUUUCGUCGAGACCAGAUCUGGACGAUGGGCACUGUUACAGGUAA